UUCCGGUUAAUAUGGCGCAGGACAAAGAUCCCAGACCCACUAUGACCGCCGAAGAAGAGACGGCGCCGGAAAAGCCGAUGAGACCGAUGCUCCAGAAACCACCGGGAUACCGUGACCCUCACGCGCCGCCGCCGGAGACCGGGAAAGGGACCAAACUCCUGCAGCGGAAGCAGCUCCUCCUCCCGGCGUCGCUGUACCCGGAGGAGAAGAAACGGAGACGACGGAGUCGCUGCCGCGUAUUCUGGUGCUGCUUCUGCAUCUCCGUCGCCGUCGUCGUCUUCCUCCUUCUCCUCACCGCAGCCUUAUUCUUCCUCUGGUACUCCCCGAAGCUCCCAGUCGUCCGCCUCGCCUCAUUCCGCCUCCAGACUCUCAACUUCUCUGGCGGAAAGCCCGACGAUGGAUGGUCGCUCAUGACGGCGGAGACGACGGCGAGGCUGAAUUUCAGGAACCCUAACGGUAAGCUUCGGUACUACUACGGCGACGCUGACGUGGCGUUGACGGUUGGAGAUGGCGACUUCGAGACAGCCGUGGGGUCAACGAGAGUCAAAGGGUUCGUGGAGAAGCCCGGGAAUCGGACGGUUGUGAUUGUGUCGUCAAGGUUGAGGAACCAACAGGUGGAUGAUCCGACGGCGAAGAGGCUUCGGGAGGAACUGAAGAGUAAGACGUUGGUGGUGAAGGUGACGGCGAGGACGAGGGUAGGAUUGGGUGUGGGAAGGCGCAGGAUUGGUACAGUGGGCGUUAGUCUCAAAUGCGGCGGCGUUAGAUUACAGACGCUUGAUUCCAAUAUGGCCAAAUGUUCCAUCAAAAUGCUCAAAUGGAUUACGUUGCACUCAUAAUGAUGGCCUAGUUCGACCGGGCAUCAAGCGUAGUAACGUUAAGAAACACGACAUAAUUUCAGAUCUACCGCGACGGCUCGUAUCUAUUUUUCUUUUGCUCUACCCUUUUACUUCAUUCUUAUAUUUUUUUAAUUAUAUAUCAUUUCACGAUUAGUAACAUAUAUGUACACAGAUAUAGUCAUCAAGUGUCAUUGGUUCUACAUCCUCCAUCGGUUGUAAUUGGUUUGUUGAGUUGCCAGCGGGAUUCUGUACUUUUGAACUCUGUUUCCUUUUUUACUGACUGGUGAGCUUA